AGAGCAUGGCAACAUGAGCAGUGCUGAGAUAAUUCGUUCUACAAAUCUUAUAAUUCUGCUAGAGGAUGAAAUCUUUGCCGAUUUUUUCAACACAUUUCUUUCCCUCCCGGUUUUUGGUCAGACACCAUUUUAUACUGUUGAAAAUUCACAGUGGAGCUUGUGGCCAGAAAUGCCUUGUAACUUGAUUGCCAAAUACAAAGGGUUAUUGACCUGGUUGGAAAAAUACCGAUUACAUUUCUUCUGUAAAACAAACUUGUGUUUCCAUUACAUUCUCUGUCAGGAGUUCAUCAGUUUCAUUAAGUCCCCAGAAGGAGCCAAGAUGAUGAGAUGGAAAAAGGCAGACCAGUGGCUACUCCAGAAAUGCAUUGGCGGGGUCAGAGGGAUGUGGCGCUUCUAUUCCUACCUCACAGGCAGUGCAGGUGAAGAAUUGGUGGAUUUCUGGAUCCUCACUGAGAAGAUCCUGAGCAUAGAUGAGAUGGACCUGGAAGUGAGAGACUACUACCUGUCCCUCCUCCUCAUGCUGAGGGCCACUCAUCUGCAGGAGGGUUCCAGGGUGGUAACCCUCUGUAACAUGAACAUCAAGUCCCUCCUGAACCUCUCCAUCUGGCAUCCCAACCAGUCAACUACUAGGAGGGAGAUCCUGAGCCACAUGCAGAAAGUGGCUCUGUUCAAACUCCAGAGCUAUUGGCUUCCCAACUUUUACACCCACACCAAGAUGACCAUGGCCAAGGAGGAAGCGUGCCAUGGUCUGAUGCAAGAGUACGAGACUCGCUUAUACAGCGUUUGCUAUACCCACGUAGGAGGGCUCCCUCUGAACAUGAGCAUCAAGAAGUGCCACCACUUUCAGAAACGGUACUCAAGCAGGAAAGCCAAGAGGAAGAUGUGGCAAUUGGUAGAUUCUGACUCUUGGUCUCUGGAAAUGGACCUCAAGCCAGAUGCUAUUGGUAUGCCCCUACAGGAGACAUGUCCUCAAGAGAAGGUGGUUAUACAAAUGCCUUCCCUGAAAAUGGCUUCUUCAAAGGAAACAAGAAUCAGUUCCCUGGAAAAGGAUAUGCAUUAUGCAGAAAUAUCCAGCAUGAAGAAUAAAGCCAAGAGCCACCUCCACAUGGAAGCCCUCUUUGAGACAAAGGUCUCUACUCACCUGAGGACUGUCAUCCCCAACAUCAAUCACUCCUCCAAGAUGACAAUUCAGAAGGCCAUCAAGCAAAGCUUCUCCUUAGGAUACAUCCACUUGGCCUUGUGUGCUGAUGCCUGUGCAGGGAACCCUUUCCGGGACCACCUGAAGAAGCUGAAUUUGAAAGUGGAGAUCCAACUUCUUGACCUCUGGCAGGACCUGCAGCAUUUCCUCAGUGUCCUUCUGAAUAACAAAAAGAAUGGGAAUGCAAUCUUUCGUCACUUGCUGGGUGACAGAAUCUGUGAGCUCUACCUGAAUGAGCAGAUUGGUCCACGCUUACCACUCAAAUCCCAAACCAUUCAGGGCCUGAAGGAACUAUUGCCUUCUGGGGAUGUGAUCCCCUGGAUUCCCAAAGCCCAGAAGGAGAUUUGCAAGAUGCUCAGUCCCUGGUAUGAUGAGUUUCUGGAUGAAGAGGACUACUGGUUUCUCCUUUUUACGACACAGAACAGGGUCAUCAGCUCCAGACAGCAUAAAAGAGAAUUUAUAGGCAAAGAAGAGAACAUUCUUCUUUAUAAGAGGAUUCAGCAGUCUCUAGAGUUAAGCCAGGCUUUGGCUGACAUGAAGGAAAUGGACUAUAUGCAGUGGCGAAAGAUAGCUACUGAGGACCUGAAACAAGGAGGCUCCCUCCAGGUAGAGCUAACAUCUCCAGUGUUUCUAACAGACAUAACUAAAAUGUCCUUUGAGGAGCUUUGCUACAAGAAUCCAAAGAUGGCCAUACAGAAGAUCAGUGAUGACUACAAAAUAUACUGUGAGAAAGCACCUAAAAUAGAUUUUAAAAUGGAAAUUAUCAAGGAACUAAAGUCAGUUUCACACUCAAAUAGGAAAAUGUCCUUGCUCAAAAGAACUCUUGUAAGGAAGCCAUCAAUGAGACCCAGAAACUUGACAGAAGUCCUCUUAAAUACACAGCACUUGGAGUUCUUCAGGGAGUUCCUCAAGGAACGGAACGCUGAAAGCCCAUUGCAAUUUCUCAUAGCUGUACAGAAUAUCAGUAUGGAGACCAAUGAAAAGAUUUGCAAGUCUCUCAUAGAAAAUGUAAUCAAGACUUUCUUCCAAGGCCAACUCUCUCCUGAAGAAAUGCUUCAAUGUGAUGUCCCUAUUGUCAAACAAAUCGCUUCCAUGCGUCAUGUCACCACAAGCACACUGUUAACGCUCCAGGGACAUAUUAUGAAAUCUAUAGAAGAAAAGUGGUUUAAAGAUUAUCAAGACCUGUUCCCACCUUGCCCUCAGGAGGUGGAAGUGCAAAGUGAAGUACAAAUUUCGUCUAGGAAGCCCUCAAAGAUAGUGUCAACUUACCUACAGGAAUCCCAGAAGAAAGGCUGGCUGAGAAUGAUCAGCUUUAUCAGGAGUUUUUGCAAGUACCGCAGAUUUAUGUUGAAUCCUAGUAAGCGCCAGGAAUUUGAAGACUAUCUUCACCAGGAAAUGCAAAAUAGCAAGGAAAAUUUCACCACACCACACAACACAUCGGGACGUUCAGCUCCGCCCUCCACAAAUGUCCGGAGUGCAGACCAAGAGAAUGGAGAAAUAACCCUUGUAAAGCGUCGUAUAUUUGGCCACAGGAUUAUCACUGUCAACUUUGUGAUCAAUGAUCUAUAUUUCUUUUCUGAAAUGGAGAAAUUUAAUGAUCUGGUAAGUUCAGCCCACAUGCUGCAGGUCAACCGGGCAUACAAUGAGAAUGAUGUGAUCCUAAUGCGGUCCAAAAUGAACAUUAUCCAAAAACUCUUCCUGAAUUCUGACAUCCCUCCAAAGCUGAGGGUGAAUGUUCCUGAGUCCCAGAAGGAUGCCAUCCUUUCUGCCAUCACAGAGGGCUACCUAGAUCGGAGCAUCUUCCACGGGGCUAUCAUGUCUGUCUUUCCCAUCGUUAUGUACUUCUGGAAAAGGUUUUGUUUCUGGAAGGCGACCAGCUCUUACUUACAGUAUAGGGGGAAAAAGUUCAAGGACAGAAAAAGCCCUCCUAAAUCUACGGACAAGUAUCCUUUCUCGAGUGGAGGAGACAAUGCCAUCUUAAGGUUCACCUUGCUCAGAGGUAUUGAGUGGUUGCAGCCUCAACGGGAAGCAAUAAGUUCAGUUCAAAAUUCUUCAUCAAGCAACCUUACUCAGCCAAGACUCGUGGUAUCUGCCAUGCAGCUGCAUCCUGUCCAGGGACAAAAAUUAUCCUACACCAGGAAAGAGAAGAAGUAAUCAAGCCAGACCCCCAGCAGAGGCAAAUCAUCUCUCAGAGGCCUCUAACACUGACAGAACCUUUUCUGGUCAAAAAUGAAAGGCCCUGGUGCCAUCUUCCCCAGAAACGAUCAAGAAGGGCAAUGGGUUGACAGCCCAUAUAUGGCAGUACCAGACUGCAAUGGGAAUCUCACACAGCCCAUUCAGACUAAAGGGUGAUGGAAAGAGGCAGAGGAAAGCAGAAAGAGCAAGAGUGACUGAGACCUGCCUUCAUCUAUAUAGAAGCCUUUUCUGAUACAUGUCAGAGAGUGACAUGAAGCCUCCCCUCUUUAUACAGAAGUAUGAAAAGACAUCUAUCCCUCAUUUUGAGAGCCUCCAACUUAUCCAAGUGUCAUCCAGAGGAGGAGGUGUCCUGUGUGUGCAGGACCUCAGGGUGCCAGCCCUCACCCAUACACCUCCAGGGCUGCAGGUCAUUAGCCAGAAUAAAGGAUGUCCACAUUC